AUUCUCGCUCUUGCGUUUCCUUUCCUCUACUCUCCUCUCCCUCACCCAAAAUAUAAUAAAACGAUACAAUGGCUGCCUCAAUACCACGCACACGCUGUCUCGCAGCAUUAAAAGCAGUCCCACGCUCGACAGCACCGCUGAGAUCCUUUGCCACAACCUCCGAUGCGCCACAGCCACCAGCCUCAGAAACUCCCUCAAAACGCUCCCGGCCCGCGACCUCGUUCAGCGAUACUCUGAAUGCUGGCCCUUCAUUCGGCGACUUUGUAAACCCCAAUGCGCCCCUCUCUCCCGCCGAAGCAUACGAGAUCAAGACCGUCCAAGUCGGCCCAGAGGGGCGCAAAAAGACAAUCACACGACUACCCGAGUGGCUGCGAACACCAAUCCCUUCCAACGCCAACCAAAACUACAAGCAGAUCAAAAAGGACCUGCGAGGCCUCAACCUGGCCACAGUGUGCGAGGAGGCAAGAUGUCCGAACAUCUCUGAUUGCUGGGGUGGCAGCUCAAAGAGUGCGGCAACAGCAACAAUUAUGCUCAUGGGCGACACAUGCACGCGUGGAUGUCGCUUCUGCGCCGUGAAGACUUCCAAGGCACCGCCACCACUGGAUCCACACGAGCCUGAGAACACAGCCGAAGCACUGCGGAGGUGGGGUCUGGGCUACGUCGUCAUCACAGUCGUAGACCGUGAUGACCUCGCAGACUCGGGCGCCCACCACAUCGCCGAGACCAUCAUGAAGAUCAAGCAAAAGAACCCCACUCAGCUCGUUGAGCUGCUAGGCGGAGACUACGGCGGCAACCUGGAAAUGGCCAAGGUCGUUGCGAGAAGCGGGGUGGACGUUUUUGCGCACAACAUUGAAACCACCGAGCGCCUUACACCCUUUGUGCGCGACCGAAGGGCAAAGUUCAGGCAGAGUCUGGAUGUGCUGCGGUCAGCAAAGGAGGCUCAGCCAGAACUCAUUACAAAGACAAGUAUGAUGUUGGGUCUGGGAGAAACAGACGAGGAUGUCUGGCACGCCCUGCGAGAACUCCGUGCAAACGGCGUCGACGUCGUCACUUUCGGCCAAUACAUGCGUCCCACCAAGCGCCACCUCGCCGUCCACGAAUACGUAACCCCCGACAAAUUCGAACUUUGGCGCCAACGCGCCCUCGACAUGGGCUUCCUCUACUGCGCUUCUGGGCCAUUGGUCCGCUCAAGCUACAAGGCUGGCGAGGCGUUUAUCGAGAAUGUGCUCAAGAAGCGGAGAUUGGGUGCUUCGGCUGAGACGAAAGUUGCGGACUUGAAUACGCCUGAGGAAGCUGGCAAGGCACUGUAAUGUUUGGGUGAAAAAAGAGUAGUUAGUUGUAUUUUUUCUGUAGAUUUAGGUAUGUUGGGGGAGAUAUCCACGAUUGCGUCAGGAUCGCUUCAACUCGAUGCUGCAACCUUUUUAUGAUCUGUACCAUGUUCUUUAUUUUUUCUCUAAAGCAGUGUGAGAAAUCCAGUCAGAAUACGACCCAGGGUACCAAUACACAUUCGUAUAUACUCAUCAGUGUAUCAAGAAGAAAAGUAUAGUCAAUUCAUAUAUGUACGUAG